AUGUCAGGUGCACCAAACAUUCCAUCACCUUCGAUACCAGGCAGACCAGCAAUUAAUGUUCCAGGUGCUGCAGCAGGAGUAGGCGCUCCUCGUGUAGGCCCUGGAGCUGGCGUUCCUAAUUUUGGACCACCAGGUGUUGGCGUUCCACGUAUUGGAGCUGGCGCUCCAGGAGCUCCUCCAGUUGCUCCAUUCACACCAGGUAUGGCUCAGCCUUCAACUAACAGGCGUCGUGGUGCUCCAAUGCUUUCAUCAAGUACUAAAGUACUUAACUCACUUCAGAAUGCAGAAGAACACGUACAGGCCGAAGAUAUUCCAGCUGAUCAACAAACUGCCGUCAAUACAGAAGAUUCAGCAGAACUUGCUAAUCUUGACGAGUCAAUCUUCAACAUCAAUCGCAUUCAAAAACCAACCUACGAACAAAACUCCGAUUUUACAGGCAAAAUUGCUGAGUCAAUUGAACGCGCUCCAGAAGGAUCUGUUCUUCACAUUCCACCGGGCACAUACCACGAGAGUUUGAUCAUUACCAAGAAGAUCCACCUCGUCGCUCAAGGAGAAUGCACAAUUGUUUCCGAUUGCAAGAGUGAUACAAUCGCAGUCCAAACAGACGGCGUCAUCCUUACAGGCUUCACAAUCCUCCAGGAAGAAUCCCAAGCCGCCGGUGCUCUCCGUGUUGAGACAGGCUCUGCCAUUUUCGAAGAUUGCAAUUUCGACUCCAGAUACAUGCCAACAAUUGCCAUUAGAAACAGUGCCAUUGUUAACUUCACCAAGUGCAUUAUCGAGUGCCAUGAGUCGAAUAUUAUAAUAAUGACACAACAAGCCCAAGCCGUUUUCACUGAAACAACAGUCCAGAAGUCAGCCCAGAACGGUGUUGUCUUACGUAACCAGACAAAGGCCUUAUUCGAGAAGUGCAUUUUCAACGAAAUUGGUCGUUGCGCCAUCAUUUCCGCAGAUAAGACAGAGUUCUUCUGCGAUGACAGCACAAUCAUGAAGAUCGGUGGCGAAGGCAUUUCAAUUUCUUCAUGCGGCCAAAACACAAUUGUUGCCAAGACACAGAUCUUAGAAUGCGCUAACGUUGGUAUCUUAUCAUACGUUGUUUCUACUCCUGUUGUCAGAGAGUGCACAAUUAAAGAUUGUGGUCGCUCCUUGAUCGAAGUCACAGAUGGCGCUGCUUUACGUUCCAUCCAGAACAGAUUCCAAGGCGGAUGCAAGCAGGCUCUUUUCGCUACUCACCAUACAACAAUCGCAUCUGAAGGUGAUACUUUCCAGAACUUGAGCUUCGGUAUCGUCGGUGUUGAACGCGCUAUGGUUUACAUCGUCGGCAGCAAGUUCAUGGAUCAGGUUUGCGGUGUCGUUCUUUCUGGACAGAAUGUCAAAUGCGAGGCAGAUUCUCUUGUCUGCUCCGACUGCUCAGAGAACGGCAUCUUCCUUGCAAACGAGUCAUCCAUCAUGAUCGCCAACGCCGAGAUCAAGGGAUGCCGCGGAACAGGCCUUCUUUCUGUCAAAUCAAGAGAUGUCUGGCUCAGAAACUGCACAUUCGAUGACAACAAAAACAAUGCUAUCGAAUUCCAGAACUCUAACAUGGUCAGAAUCGACUAUUGCAAGAUUUACAGAUCAUUCGGCUGCGGUAUCAUCGCAACAGCUUCAAAGAUCACUAUGAAGUACUGCAGAUUCGAAGACAACAACUUCUACUCCAUCUACACAUCAUGCUCUACCUACUCAGCAACAGAAUGCACAAUCAGAGGUGCAAAGAGCGAUGCUAUCUACGUCGACGACGGCAAACUCGACAUCUCUUGGGUCAGGAUCUCAGAUACAACAGAUGUUGCCAUCGUUUGCGACAAGUACGCCACAGCAAACAUUGAUAAGUGCAUCAUCGAACAGUCCAAGAUCGGUAUCUUCACAUGUGAAGAGUCCAGAACAAACAUUUCUCAGACAACAAUCGACAAUACCCAGAACGGUAUCCAAAUUUCCGCCAAAUCUGAUGUCAGAACAAGAAACUGCCUCUAUACCAACAACAAGGUCGGCGUUGCUGCAACAGAUAACGCUAAGAUCCUUACAUACAACGAUAAGUACGAGGCAAACAAUACAAAUGUUUAUCUCGAGAAUGGCGGCGAAGUUACAUGCGAUGCAGACGUUAUGCUUGCUACAGAGGGACCAGGCAUCUACAUCCAGAAGGGAACUGCAAACCUCAAGGGAUCUCUUGUCAAGAAUGCCAAGAACGUCGGUGUUUACUGCAAAGGAAAGGUUACAAUCCAGGGCUGCAGAAUCGAAGCUUGCGGCAGCUGCGGUGUUGUUCUUGAACAAGGAUCUGAAGGUGUUGUCAAAGGAAGUACAAUUAAAGAAAACGGAGAUGUCGGUAUCAUGGUGUCAAGUGGUGCAUCCGAAGUUAGCGAAAACAAUAUCUCUGGCCACAAGUGCUACGGCUUAAGAAUCUGCAACGAUGCAGAGAUCGCAGUCAUUGAAAACUCCAUGUUCAACAACGGCAUAUGUGAUAUUAGUCGUGACUAA